GACAGGAGCGGCUGCUGCUGCUGCUGGCGCCGCCGGUGCCUCCCUCCGGUCGCUGUCCGAGCCCCGGUGCUCCCCCCCUUCCCCGUUACAGAGGCCGCCACCCCUCCUGCGCCUCUUGCUCCCCGCUCCAUCCCGCCCGUCGCCCCCGCAGCCCGUCCCGGGAGCGCCGCUGCCCCUCCGCCCGCUCCGGGACAGGGCGCGGGGCCGGGCGCCGCCGCUGCUGCUGCUACCGCCGCCGUUACCGCCGCCGCCGCCGGUCGGGCGAUGCCGAAGCCGCCGUUACUGCUGCGGGGGAGCCGCCCCGGGGACAGCGAGCUGGGGCGGCAGUUCCGGGACUGGUGCCUGCGCACCUACGGGGACUCGGCCAAAACCAAGACGGUGACCCGGAGCAAGUACCAGCGCAUCGCCGAGGUGCUGCAGGGGGGAACCGGCUCCGGCGGCGGCUCCGGCGGGGGGGAGAAAGGCAAGUUCCAGUUCUGGGUCCGGUCCAAGGGCUUCCGCCUGGGAAACGGCACCAGGGAGGCGACGAAGAUGGGUCAAGUGGUGGUAUAUGUGCCGGUGAAAACGGGAACGGGGGCAGAUGGACUGUCGGAGCCCGAGGGCAUCUCUCUGAAACGCGUGGCUGUGGUGGAAGAUUUCUUUGACAUCAUCUACUCGAUGCAUGUGGAAAGCUCGUCGGAGCCGGGCAAAGCACCCAAACAUGCCGGGCAGAAGAAAACCUACCGAGCGAUUGCAGAGACCUAUGCUUUCCUCCCGAGAGAGGCUGUGACCAGGUUCCUGAUGAGCUGCACCGAGUGCCAGAAGAGGAUGCAUUUUAACUCCAACGGCCUGGAGCCCAAAGAGAGUGAGCCACCUUCCUCCUUGGUUUCUGGGAUCAUUGACUACAACAUGCCCCUCACCUCGACUUACCUGAAGCAGAUGAAGCUGCGGGUGAUGAAUUCACAGGAGCAGGAUGAGACCUCGGUGAGCAGCGAGGACUUUGAUAUGAACGACUCCACAUGGAUCUCAGCUGACCAGCACCUGAACUCCAGCCUGAGCCCCAGCCAGGACGAGAGCAUGCGCAGCCCGCAGAACCUGCACGGCCACGAGGACGAUGACUCCUCGUCAGAGAGCUGCAGUGGGAAUGGCUCCUCCACCCUGAACCCCUCCACCUCCAGCAGCACGCAGGGCGACAGCGCCUUCCCCGAAAUGAACGGCAAUGGCACCGCAGCCCCCAUGGACUUCACCGCCUCCGCCGACGACCAGCCCAUCAACCUGUGCGACAAGCUCACGCCUGCCCACGUCACCCCUUCCUACCAGUCUGACAGCUGCAGUGCCGAUGGGCUGCGCAGCAGGGUCAAGUACGCGGUGAAGACCACGGCAGAGUCCCCCCCAUACAGCUCUGGCAGCUACGACUCCAUCAAGACAGAGGUGAGCGGCUGCCCCGAGGACCUGACGGUCGGCAGGGCCCCCACGGCCGACGAAGAUGAUGAUGACCACGAUGACCAUGAAGACAAUGAUAAGAUUAAUGACUCGGAGGGGAUGGACCCAGAGAGGCUAAAGGCCUUCAAUAUGUUCGUGCGCCUUUUCGUGGACGAGAACCUGGACCGGAUGGUUCCCAUCUCCAAGCAGCCCAAGGAGAAGAUCCAGGCCAUCAUCGAGUCCUGCAGCCGGCAGUUCCCCGAGUUCCAGGAGCGGGCGCGCAAGCGCAUCCGCACCUACCUCAAGUCCUGCCGCCGUAUGAAGAAGAACGGGAUGGAGAUGACCAGGCCCACGCCGCCUCACCUGACCUCGGCCAUGGCGGAGAACAUCCUGGCUGCUGCCUGCGAGAGCGAAACGCGGAAAGCAGCCAAGAGGAUGCGGCUGGAGAUCUACCAGACCUCCCAGGACGAACCGAUCGCUCUAGACAAGCAGCACUCCAGAGACUCCACAGCCAUCACCCACUCCUCCUACUCACUGCCAGCGUCAUCUUACUCCCAAGACCCGGUCUACAUCAAUGGAAGCCUGAACUACAGCUACCGUGGCUACGGGUCCUUGGGGGGCAGCCUGCAGCCCCCCGCCUCCCUCCAGACAGGCAACCACAGUAACGGUCCGACUGAUCUCAGCAUGAAAGGUGGGGCCUCCAGCACAGCCCCCUCCAACAGCACCAGCCGGGGCAUGCAGGCGGCCCAGCUCAGCCCCACAGAGAUCAGCGCCGUGCGGCAGCUCAUCGCCGGAUACCGGGAGUCGGCGGCAUUCCUGCUCCGCUCUGCAGACGAACUGGAAAACCUCAUUUUACAGCAGAACUGACUCCCUGUGUCUGCAUCACUCCUCGGUCGAGAAGACAAUUUAUACCUGCUAGAAAGAGGCUCCUGGCGGUGUCCUGCUCAGGACCACCAUCGUCCUCCCGCCACGCGGUGGGCACAUGUAGUUUUAGAAGGUGGGAUCCAAAAGACCUGUUCUCUUUUACACUCCAAGCACCUGGGACUUCAGGCACAAGGACACGUUUUGGAACCGUACCAACACCAGUGCCUCCGGCUGACCAGAAGCCAACCCUGCAGCUUGGAAGGAUGUGGGACUUUGAAGGGCAGAAGGGAGCCUGGGGAGGUUUGGGGCUGCAGAUGUAUUUAGAAUAACCUUUGUGGACCCAAAUGUUAGAUUCCCAUCCGCGGAUAAUUUCCAAGUCUUAGGUGAGCUGAAUCACAUAUUUAUUGAGAAAUGGACCCUCCUCUCCCCUUAGUAAUUUAUUUUUCUGAAAAUGGAUUCUUUUGAGUUUGUACAGAUUGCCAGUUUUUUGUCUGUCUGAUCAGAAGGAAUUUAUUCCUGUGAAAUAACACAUUCCAUAUCACUACACUACUAAUUUCCAGGCAGCUCUGCCUGUUUCUCUGGUGAACCCUUGUCCCACAAGGAGCAAGUUUGCCAUCCAGCCCUUUACAUCGAGGCUGCUCAGCCUCCAGUGAGCGUAGUUGGGAGCUGAACAGCAGCGCAAGCGUCCUGCUUAGGCCUUUGUUCUAAGGGGUCCCGUAGCAGCAGUGGGGUCUGAACCUCCCGCAGAGACUUGGCAAGCUCAGCAGACCUCCAGCUGGAAGGACACCUCGCACUCAUUAAAGUCAUUGCAGAUAAGAGAAGGAAGGAGGAAAGGAAGGAGAUACCUGAGAAACACUGUCUUGUGGUCACCAUCCGUACUCUACCUCACACUCCAUUGUGGGCUUCUUCCAGGACUGGCCGCGCCAGUCCUGGGGGACGGUGAGUGUUGCAGACAUGGGGAUCGUGCCGAGGAGGCUGGAACCUCCGGCUGGAGUCCUGCUGUGCCCGGCCGUGCGCUCCGCUCCGUCCGCAGCCAGCCCCGGGGUAGCACCGAAGAGGAACCGCCCGGGCCCCACGGGUGUGUGAGGCAGGGUGGCCCCAGGGCUCACCCCGAAGGUGAGCUGGAGUGGUGACCGCCUGUUUCUGCAGGAGAGACGGGCAGCAUUGAGCAGCAGAACUGACAAAGUCCUCUCCGGGGGCCAGGAUCCUUCCCUCUCCCUGCUCACAGUCCUGGAACAAGCCCACAGUUCCCAAAGUGUGGAAGAACCGUAGUCCGAUGACCAUUCUGCCCUGUUUCCACCCCCCCAACGAUGCACUUCGUUUUGCUCAGUGCAAUACCUACUGCCAGUGCUGCUAACCCAGGGACCUCGCUCCGGCCAGGGGUGCUGAGCCCAGCCCAGCAAUGCAACGUGCUCUGGAGCUGUGCAGAGACCGGCGAGGGUCCCGCUGCUCCCCGCCCCCCGCAGCCCCCCCACUUGGCUGAAGUCCACACCAUGAGAUAGAAAUUCGAUAAGUGUAAAGCUGUUUUGUAGGUAGAAACUUUCUCAGUUGGGAGCCAGCUUUUAUCUUAUUUUUUAGCCACUCAGAGCCAGCGGCCAGGGGCUGCUGCUCCAGGGGCCAACGCUGGUGGCACAGGCUUGAGCAGCCUUGGUCUGGCCAGGAGCAGGCCCGGGAAGUUCCCCUGUACCCUCUGUACCCCAUGAUGCUCCACACACUGGAAAGAGAAGCAAAACUACCCUGGUCUUAGAACAGAAAAAGCUGCUGGCUCCUGAGGCCAGAUGUGCCUGGCCCCACAGCAGAAGGGACCAAGCGUUGCAUUGACUGUUUUCCCCAAACCUUAAACUUUCCAUAGCAUUUGGAGAAAAGGGACCCAGCCCCUGGCCGCGGGGUGCAGCUGAGGGGUCAGUGCAGAGACGAGGUGGUGGCUCUUAGACCUGAGCCGGUGCUGGAACCGGGAGCAUCGUGGCCACACCCAUCCCCUCCUGCCCGCAGCAGCGGAACACGGGGAGGGGGCCCCGGGGACGCCAGCCCCCAGCCAGGGCUCAGACUUAACAUUUUCCCCAGCACUUCACAAGCCUGCUUGGUUUGUCCACUGCAUCCUCCCAUACUUGGAAUUUAUGUAAAUAUUUAUUUUUGUGUGAAUACCAUGAAGUAACAAACCUUUGACAAAAUCUGUAACUGCAGCCAUUUGUGAAAGUCUUACCGUUCAGGCAGGAGAGGCAGAGACAAUCGCUGUCCCGGGAUUCUCCCUCUCCGUGGUCUCCCACCCACACCGGUGCCUCUCUCCUCGGCAGAGGCAGCGGAACCUUUAGCCAUAAGUUUGCCAUCCGUUUGUACUGAAACAGAGGUAACCCCGGGGGCACAUGGACAGACCACCAACAGCCACAGUUGGGUUAAGUUUUAUUUAUCCAAGUCAUUCCCGAUCACCUCUGAACCUGUCUCGGCACAUGUGGAAGUUCAGGAGCUCUCACACGUGGUCAAACUGCUGUAGAGGACACCGAGGCCGCGUUGUGCAGGAGGGUGCCCACCACCGCCCUGUCCCAGCACCUGAUGUUUGUAGCCUGCAGCUGAAUGGUACAAACUCAGAUUCCCAAAGCCCUGGUGACAGCCACAUCUGGGACAAGUUAUGAAACAAACGGGAUUGACUCCGAAUUUCUGUCAGGGAUCUUUUUUCUUCUUUUUUUUUUUUUUUUUCCUUUUUUUAUUCUGUGAGCCACAGCGUUCUGGUUCCUUUGGCAUGAGCUCCACAGACAUCUCCGUGCUCUGCAGCUGCUCCGUGCUCCACCGUGGCUCCCUGUGCUCCAGGACUGUUCACAGCCACAUUCCUGCGCUCUCACUGGGCAGGACGGGGUCAGGAAUUGCUAGUCCGUGUUCUCAACAAGAAGGAACAAGCAGGAGCAGAAUACACUGGCUUUCCAGAUAUCUGAGAGGUGGAAGGAGAAUGCUGGGUUAGCAAAUGGUCUGGAUGGUCUUGGGUUUGGUUAAGAAAAGCUGAUCACUGGUCGAAAAAAGAGAUUUUUUUUUUUUAAUUUAAUUUUAUUUCAACACACCCAUCCUGCCCUGGACAUGCGGUUCCCAUGACGCUGUUUCUCUAUGGGAGAGCGUUCCCGGGGUUGUGAGCAGACGUAACUUGUACCUCCCUGAUCCCAAGGGCCACUUCACUCCCGGAGUGGCCGUCGGAUUUAGUACCAGUUCAUGAAAAAAAAAAUGCUGCUUUGAACUCAGAGGGUUAAUAUACUUUUGAUUUGUAAUUUUUUGUAAAACUUUUUACAAGGUAGCAUAGUAUUUCACCAGACACCAACUACAAUCCGUCCAUGGUCUGAUUUUUAUAUAAUUUAGUGGUGCUUUAGAAACUUUUGUUCGGUUGUUUCGGAGCUGUACAGCUCAGUUCUUCGCCUGUAUCUACCUACGACCAAUGUGAACCUUUGUAUUUUUGCUCCUAAUUUUGGACUCAGUGAAAGUGUACUGUUUACAUGUACAGAACUCCCGACCCCGUGUGUUCUGCCAGACCUGCUGUUGAAGAGGAAGCUGCCCCUCACCCAGUUCGUCUGCUUAACCCAGCCACAGCCUCACCCACCCACCGACACGCGCCCGCCCCGAGGGACACCCCACCAAACCCAGACACCCUUUAAGCAAUUUUGGGUUUUGCACAAGCUGUUGUAUUCUUUUUCCCUGGUAGUUGCACGGAUCGGCUGCAAUUCCAAUCGGGAGCUGAUCCGGAGCUCUGAAGCACCAGGUCUGGGCAGUGCUGCUGCCUCCCCAUCCUCCUCCUCCUCCUCCUCCUGCUCCCACAUGGGCGGGAAGGCGGCGCUGCCCGUAGGAUCCAACUGAUGUAGGGGAGCAGCGGAGGGAGCAGGGGGAAAACACUCCUGAGCAGAAUUGGGAAUACUUUAGGGAAGGGGUGAGCUCGCCCAAGCCGGCCGCUGGCUUGGGGUGGAGGGUGGGAGCGCGGUCCCGCGGGAGGCUCCCAACGAGGCAGAAGAGGCUCUUUGGGAAGCUGGUGCUUUCCCGAGGGCUCAGAUAGAAAGUGUAUGGCACUUAAUCCAGCUUCUAAGGUGACACUUUAUUGCUUAAUCAAUUGAUUCCUUUGGAAAUGAUAGUUUUGCAGAUAGGCACCUAUGCAACUUCAUGUGGCUCUUAAGCAGAUGAGCACUUCCUCCUCAACGAGCUUGAUAAGAGUUAUUUGUGUUAUAUACUGUGGAUUUUUCCAGUAAAUGUGGCUUAAUAUUUUAAUUCUUAGAAUGUGUGUCUAUUAUAUAUGUGAUGCAACUUAAUUCUGUUCUGUUUGUGGAAUGAUUAGCACAGGCCAACUCCCUGUCCCCUCACUUAACAAAGACCAAUGAGCUGUUAAUCGAGCUGUUAUCUCCAUGGUAUUACUUGCUAAAUGCACUGAUUUCAUAAGUAUGUGGAAUCCUUUUUUUUUUUCUUUUGAAUCUGUAUAUCAUAUAUAAGACUGAAUCUACUUAAUAAACACUGUAUAACAAAAAGGGCUUUCUCCUCCACUGUCGAGCCCCGCUGGGUGCUGCUGGCCCCAGCGCUGCCCCUCGCCCCAGCCCCUGUGCGAGAGGUCGGUGCCAUCAGUCACCAGAGCGGGAUCUAAAUUUAGGUGUUUAAAGGAAGUAAAAAAACCAAAACAUCUCUCAGUCCUGUUGACAUAAGCUGUGCUUUCCAUUCCGUAACAGACAGCAUGGGUACCAGAGAGAGCAGUGGCAGCACUCACAAAGGGGGCAAGGCACCAGUUUUAUGCUUAACUUAUAUUUUGACAAAAUUAAUUUUGUGAAGUGUCUGGUUUUUGUGAGAAAAAAAAAGAAAAAAAAAAAAAGUUUUCAUUGAAGUUUGUGCGAAGUUCUCCCUCAUGGAAAAUACUGAUUUUUCGUUAUCAGCUUUAUUCACUAAGUAUAAUAAACCUUUGCAUCCAUAAA